UCAUUCAAAAUUUUCAAUUAAAUAUCUAUGUUGGAUGUUUAAUUUAUCUAUCUUAUGUUCAAAUAUUGAAUUACAAAUAAAGUCCAGUCAUUAUAUGCAUAAAAAAAAACAUGUUUUGAUGGUCACAGUUACAUCAAUCAAGAAAUGGAUUCCAGUGAAAAAUUAGAACAAGAGCGGCAUAGUUUAGAAUUACUUAAAGAACAAGUAAAACGUAGCAGUCAACUAUCUGAAAAAAUGGUCGAUAUUUUAACUUCAUUUGAAAAUCGUCUUGGUAGUCUUCAACAGACUAUAUUACCAAUCUAUAAUGAAAUGGAAAAUUUACAAUUAAAAAAAAAUAAUGUAGAAAAAACACUUUUUGAACUUGAUAGAGUAAUAACAUAUCACGACGUAUGCCCCCAAGUAGAAUCAAUUAUUUUAUCUAGACCUAAUGGUCCAGAUGGAUUAAAUGAAUAUUUAGAUGCUAUGGAAAAAUUGUUAGAAGCACAGGUAUAUUUUGAGAAAAACAAUCCACAAAGUGUUGAACUUGAGAAUGUAUCUUCACUUUUCAAAUCUGGAGGAGAUACUAUUCAAAGAGAAUUUAAAGAAUUACUUUUAAAAUAUAGUAACCCAGUUCAACCUGCUAUACUUCUUGAUAUAGCUACUAAUGAUGAAGAACUAUUGACCGAUGAUUCAUCCUCUGUUAGUUCUAUUAAUCACUUCCCAGAAAAUGUUUCAUCAGAUCUCAUUCGCCUAGCAGACUGGUUGAUUAGCCAAUCACGUGAUGAAUACAUGAAUGUUUAUGCUAGAGUACGUGCAAAUACUUUAACAAAGUCUAUAAGUACUCUUAAAGAAUAUCAAAAGGCUGGUAGUGCUGGUAGUAUUCACAUGGCUGUUGGACAAACUAUGGGAUCUCCUGUCAUAAAAACGAAAUUUCCACAUAAGAGUGAAAUCACUGUAACUAGAAAAACUUCAAAACGUAUUCAACAUGUAUUUGAAAGGAAGGCUAAUCGAAUGUUAAUGAAAGCAUCCCAAACUAUUGGACAAUCCACAGGAUUAAACUUAGGGACAAGAAGACCCAAUCUUCUUGAAAAUAAAGAAGAUGUUGUGGAAGAACAAGAGAUGGAAAACUAUUUAGUGUCUGUUAUUGCUUUGCAAAGACUAAUGCAAGCAGAACUUAACCUCAUGAUUGGUAUAAUACCUAUUAAACAUCAUCAUCAAGUGUUUCAAAUUAUUAUACAAGAGAGUCUUUCUUCUAUUGUUCACGAAGGAGAGAAUAUUUCUACUAGAGCAAAACGUUGUAUACAUAGAAAAGAAUUUGCAAGUGUAUUUGUGAUGUUUCCUAUACUGAAACAUUUAACAUCUAUGAAAAUUGAUUUUGAACGUACAAUGGAAGGAUGUGACCCAACUGUAAGAGGGCAAUAUUCAACAAUUAUGAAUACUUUUCAUUCCACUGGACUUCGAACAUUGGAAGAGAUAAUUGAAAGUGUUAGGUCUGAUACAUCAAUGGGAUUACCUCGAGAUGGCACUGUUUAUCAAUUAACUAGUGAUGUUGUUGUACUUAUGGAACAACUUCUUGAAUACAUAGAUAGUGUUGGACCACUUUUAUCUCAAGUUCCUAUUUAUAACAAUAUGGUACCACAUCACUUACCAUUGCCCGAAAAAUAUAAAUUUCUUUUAGGACUUUAUAUAAAAAAAGUUCUAUCCCAAUUAAAUUUAAUGCUUGUUAAUCGAAGUGAUUCAUACAGUGAGCCUGGUGUGAAAUACUUAUUCAGGUUAAAUAAUUCUCAUUAUGUUAUUAAAGCAUUACAACGAUCAGCUCUUCUUGAUAUUGUUUCUUUGACUGAACCUGAGUGUGAAAAUACAUAUCUUGAGAUGAUAGCUUCACAUAAAAAAUCAUACCAACAAUGUUGGAUCAAAAUUAUUGGUUAUAUUACUAAUUUAGAUGAUAUUCAAUUAAUAAAUGGCAAACCAAAAGAUAAAGAUCGCAACUUAAUAAAAGAAAGAUUUGCAGGCUUUAACAAAGAAAUUGAAGAAAUUUUGAAACUUCAAAGAGGAUAUACAAUACCAGAUAUUGAACUACGAGAGGGACUUAAACGUGAUAACAAAGAAUACAUAUUACCUAAAUAUAAUGCUUUUUAUGACAGGUUUUCACAAACAUCAUUUACUAAGAACCCAGAAAAGUAUGUAAAGUUUACUCCAUCUCAUGUAUCAGCCAUGCUAGAUAGGUUUUUUGAUGUUGCAGCUUAAAUACACAAUUACGAGUUAUUUAUGAUGUGUACUGAUUUUUGAACUAAAAAAAUGAUUUAUUCAUGAUUUAAUAUAUAUUUGAAGUUAAUAGAGCUAUUUUGAUACUGAAUGAUUUACAAAUAUUUGUCAGCUUAAUAGAUACAUAUUUUAUUAGUAUUUAUAAAAAAAACUCGUGUAAUAUCUUUUAUGAGAGUAUUUCAAGUUAUUAUUUAUUAAAAAAUAUUUUUUAAAUGUAUUUUAAACGUAAAAAGUUUUAUAUUUUUAGUUUUAAAUGCCCAUUAUUUAUAAUAAUUUAUUUAUUUAGAUUCAGUGAAGUAAUAAUAUAAGAAAACACACAUAAUAUUUAAUAUAAGUAUUGUGUUAUUAUCAAAAUUUUAAUUUAAUUGCAUCAUUAAAUUGUUGAACAACAAUGUAUGGUAUGUUGUAUAAUUACAAAAAUGAGUAUUCAUUGGUCAUUUAACAUUGUUAACUAUAAAAUAUAUAACUCUAUUUUUCCAAUAUUAAAAAUUUUAUUUUUUUGUACGUUUGUUAAUUUUUUACUGUAUUUUAUUUUAUUUUUUAAUGAGGUAUGUUACCACUAUUUAAGAUAAAUUACUUAUAAUAUAGUUCAAAGAACUUUUUAAAAUAUAAAAGUUAAUUAUAUUUUGCCUUAUUUAUUAAUUGGGCAUAUUGAUAUAACUGUUUAGUUAACUAGUAUAGAAUAAUUAGUUGUAUAAAUAUAAAAAAGAAAUUGGAACUUAAUAUAUUAAAUACUUACUCA